CAGUUAACACAUUUCAUGAUUUUUUCCAUAAGAUAUUAAAACUGUUGAUCUCGAAGGGCCACAAACUUACAUAAUACCACUAGCUUAACAGGCAUUCAAGGAAAAGUUGUAUCUUAUUGAUAAGACUAAAAAUCAUUCUUGUGGUUAAUAUUUUCCUCCAUACGAACCUAUCCGCGUCGUUUACUUUGUUUCGCCUCAACAAUUUCUAAAUAUUCGUUUUACUAUAAUACGUUUUACUUUUAGGUGUUUUAUAUUGAUGUAGAAUAAUCAUGUACUAGUAUAUGAAAUACAAAGAUACGCUACGCGCUUGAAUAAACGAGGAAGAUUAAUGUGUUACUUUUCAAAACUAUCCAUAUGGACAAUAGUUUACUGCAGGUACCAUUAUGAAAUUGAAAUGGAUAUCACUUGAAUAUACAGUCACUAAAAAGGGUACAUGGACGAAAACAAUUAUGGGAAAAACAGCACAAGUGUGUCUCGUGUUAAUCUGCCAGUUCGGAUUAUCAAAACAGUUAUGUCCAGAAUGUACAUGUUGCAAGAAUGGAUCAAUUGCGUGUGAUUCAAAUAAUACUUGUACAGAAGGAUGUAUAGCUGGCUAUUAUGGUGUGAAAUGUACCGAGGACUGUCUGCAAAAUUGUAAAACAUGUGUAAAUGAUGACGGCUGCACAGAAUGUGAACGUGGUUUUUACACUACAAAAUGUAGUUUACAAUGUGGAAAAGGGUGUCAAGACAAAACUUGUUUAAUAUCAUCAGGACAAUGUUCUUGUAAAUCGGUUGAUUUUGUCAAUGAUACAUGUGAUACUUGCUCGGGCAAUAGGUAUGGUGAUGAAUGUAACAACACUUGCUUGUCAUAGUAACUGU